CAGUUUAUUAUUAUUAUUAUUCUUUAUUUAUAAAAUGCAAAUUUUCGUUAAGACUCUUACUGGUAAGACUAUUACCCUUGAAGUAGAAUCUUCUGAUUCUAUCGAAAACGUUAAGCAAAAGAUUCAAGAUAAGGAAGGUAUUCCUCCUGACCAACAACGUCUUAUUUUCGCUGGUAAACAGCUUGAAGAUGGUCGUUCUUUGAGUGAUUAUAACAUUCAAAAAGAAUCUACUCUUCACUUGGUUCUUCGUCUCCGUGGUGGUAUGCAAAUCUUUGUCAAGACUCUUACUGGUAAGACUAUUACCCUUGAAGUAGAAUCUUCUGAUUCUAUCGAAAACGUUAAGCAAAAGAUUCAAGAUAAGGAAGGUAUUCCUCCUGACCAACAACGUCUUAUUUUCGCUGGUAAACAGCUUGAAGAUGGUCGUUCUUUGAGUGAUUAUAACAUUCAAAAAGAAUCUACUCUUCACUUGGUUCUUCGUCUCCGUGGUGGUAUGCAAAUCUUUGUCAAGACUCUUACUGGUAAGACUAUUACCCUUGAAGUGGAAUCUUCUGAUUCUAUCGAAAACGUUAAGCAAAAGAUUCAAGAUAAGGAAGGUAUUCCUCCUGACCAACAACGUCUUAUUUUCGCUGGUAAACAGCUUGAAGAUGGUCGUUCUUUGAGCGAUUAUAACAUUCAAAAAGAGUCUACUCUUCACUUGGUUCUUCGUCUUCGUGGUGGUCAAUAAGCAAAGUUAAUUAAUAUUUUAUUGUCCUCCUUACAUAUAUUAAAAAAGGAAACUUAAAAAAAAAUAUAUAUACAUAUUGCUUGUUUAUUAUAUAAAGCAAUUUUAUUUUGUUAUAUAAAUAAAAAUAAAAGAUAUUUCUUUGCAUUUACUU